CAGAGGCAGCUUUUACUCAGUCACCAUCCCAUGUCCUCCCUUUGCCUGGCACAGAAAAGAUGAAAACAUCCGCCUUCGUUUGGCAGCACGGUAUCAAACAUUUGUCGCUUGCAGAGAAGUUUCCCUCUGACAGGUAAAUAUCGGGCAAACAGCACAGCCAUCAGCUCAGGGUCUGAGCAAUUAGUUCACAGAGAAAUGUGUGCUGGCGCAAAUUAAUCACGAGAAAGAUGUGGAGGGACAGGGAUGAGAUGUUUUAAGCUAUAUAUAAAGUUCUGUUGGAUAAAUAUAUAUGUUUUAAAAUAAGUCGGACUCAGACUAUAAGAGAAAAUCUAGAUGCUGAUAUAAUAGAGAGAGGCAGAGACAGGGGAGGGGUGAGGAGGAGAGAUCUAACAGGUGUAGACCAGGACUGCUGCUGGACCAAACGCCUCGAACAGCAGUGGACAGACGCAGCGUGGAGGAGAGCGUCAGGCGGCCGUGCGCUCCUCGUUUGAAACGCGUCAGAAAGUGUUCCCGCGGGUAUUUUUUUUAUUUUUUUUGCCCCUCCAGCUGAAGAGGUCAACGAGUUUUGGACUUCAUUAUCUGUCCGCGAAGGAAAAAGCCGAGAAAAUUGCGCUCUGAUCAGGAGAACUGGCUUCACUUACCGGGGAACUCCUGCGCACCUUGGCUUCCGAGCUUUUCAUUUGGCGCCCCAGAGGUCGAUUUGGGGAGACAGAUCCAGACACAGAGGAGGAAUCUACUUUAACAGCAUUCUCAUGAUUCAAGAAAACCAAACUAAAUUAUUUCUGACAAAAAAAACAAAACAGAGAAGUGUCCACGGACGGUCGUGCUUGGAGAGAUAUCUGGUGACCUUUUUCUGUCUCAGCCAUGGCAUUAAGUUAAACAUCUACAUGAAGCGCUCUGGUAUCUUUUAGGAGAAACCUUAAAGUAUUUUUUAUUUUAUUUUUUGAAAAACAAGUAAUAUAUGCUUCAUCUGACCUUACCAAUCGUUUUGUCACUUCCUUUUUAUUGAGUGGACUUUUUUGGACAAACUGUUGCUACUGUGAACCUCCACAGGCAAUUCCUAUUUUGUUAAAGUGUGGGACAGCAGGACAAAGAAAUAUAAAGAUUGAAUAGUGAGUUCUUAGAAACCUAAUACAAUUUUGGAAUAAAUUUGUUAGAAAAACCUUUAAAGAUCUUGAUGUGAGACCAGAGCACAUUUUUUGAAAACUGGAUUUUCUCAUCUCUUUUUUUCCCCUCUUCUUGUUCUUGGCUGUCUGCCGUUAAGUUUCCUCUGGUAAUACCUAACCAACCACUGCUCUAAUACCCCGACCUCUACCCCCCCUUAACAUCUCUUUUCACCUUUUCAUCCCAAACUGGUUCCCAGAGAGGCUUCAUCCUGGCCGGCUCUAUUCCAGCCAAGGGGGAGGAGGACUUCCUCACACUGGCCGCCUCUCGGCUCAGCCGCAGGAAACGCGUGAUUGUCGCCGCUGUCGGUGUGGCCAUGGUCCUGAUACUGUUGGUGGCUAUUCCCCUGCUUGUUCACACAACCAAAGGUGGCAGCGCUGGGAGCACAGGGAGCCAUUAUGAAAUGCUUGGAAGCUGCAGGAUGGUGUGUGAUCCUUACGCUACUUCUCAGCCUGGCCAGGAGCUGAUAGCUGUGUCUCCGCCCCCCCAGGAAUACGCUGGAAAGAAGAUGAGGUCAGGACUCCGAGGGCCUCCCGGGAACCCGGGUCCACCGGGAGAGCGCGGCCCCCCAGGGGAGCCGGGGAAACCGGGGCCGCAGGGACCCCCCGGUCCCGGCCCUGGGGGCUAUUCUCCCUCAAUCUACACCCCUAAAAUAGCUUUUUACGCAGGGCUACGGAAGCAGCACGAGGGCAGUGAAAUACUGAAGUUUGAUGAUGUGGUCACCAAUGUGGGUAACUACUAUGAGCCCAGCACCGGCAAGUUCACCUGCCCUCUGCCUGGCAUCUAUUUUUUCACCUACCACGUACUAAUGAGAGGUGGUGAUGGCACAAGCAUGUGGGCAGACCUGAAGAAGAACGGACUG